GUGGGCACAGCUGCUUUAGAAUCAAGAGAUAAAGGCAAGAAGGAAAACAAAUCCAGAAUUGCUAUGUGAAAACCUUGCUGACAAUGUAAUGCUGUCAGAACGUUUAUAAAGAGCAGAAACCCUAUUCAGUGUCAAUCAGGAUGAAUAUUUAAACAACAAUCUUCAGUCUUGCUUCAAAAUGUCCCUGUGUGCAUCUUCUCACAAGGACUUUUCUCAGUUGCUGCCACUUCAGGAUAUUGGAUGCAAUAAAACAGAAAUUAAAAACUCGCCCGCUGGUCUCGUCUCUCCAGUUCCCUACAGCUGCAAUCAGUCCACGCUGACAGCAGCACACAGCCCGGUCUGUAUUUCCUCCUCUUACACGGAAAACAGACAUGAAUACUCCGCCAUGGCGUUCUGCAGUCCCGCUGUGAUGAAUUAUAACAUCACCAGCAGUUUUGGGGAUUCGGAGAGUGCAUCCGUGAGGCAAACAUCAAGCCCCAGUGUGUUAUGGUCUGCUCCUGACCACCUCUCCCCUCUGACACUGCACUGUCAGUCAUCGCUUCUGUACGCCGAGCAGCCAAAGAGUCCCUGGUGCGAAGCACGACCGGUGGAGCCGGUGCUACCUGUGACCAGAGAGACUUUAAAAAGAAAAACUAACGCGAAUGACUGUGCAAGCCCAAUUGCAAAUAAUCCUGGCUCAAAAAGGGAUGCCCACUUCUGUGCAGUCUGCAGUGACUACGCUUCAGGAUACCACUAUGGGGUCUGGUCAUGUGAAGGCUGCAAAGCGUUCUUUAAAAGAAGUAUUCAAGGACACAAUGAUUACAUCUGCCCAGCUACCAAUCAAUGCACAAUAGACAAAAACAGGCGCAAAAGCUGCCAGGCAUGUCGGCUACGGAAAUGCUAUGAAGUCGGAAUGAUGAAAUGUGGCUCGAGAAGAGAACGCUGUGGCUAUCGGCUCCUGCGGCGCCAUCGUAAUUCAGAGGAUCAGGUGCACUGCAUCGGCAAAGCCAAGAAAUACAACGAGACGGCAACGCGCGUCAAGGAGAUCCUGCUCAGCACCGUCAGCCCAGAGCAGUUCGUUUUGACGCUACUGGAAGCGGAGCCUCCCAACGUCUUGGUGAGCCGUCCCAGCAAACCAUUCACAGAGGCCUCCAUGAUGAUGUCCCUGACAAAACUGGCCGACAAGGAGCUGGUUCACAUGAUUGGUUGGGCCAAAAAAAUUCCUGGUUUCAUCGAUCUCAGCCUUUAUGACCAAGUAAGACUCUUGGAGAGCUGCUGGAUGGAAGUUUUAAUGGUUGGUCUGAUGUGGAGAUCAAUUGACCAUCCUGGGAAACUAAUUUUUGCACCAGACCUUGUACUAGACAGGGAUGAGGGAAAAUGCGUAGAGGGAAUUUUGGAGAUCUUUGAUAUGCUCCUGGCCAUGACCUCGAGGUUCCGAGAGCUGAAACUGCAGCACAAGGAGUAUCUUUGUGUCAAGGCAAUGAUCCUCCUCAAUUCCAGCAUGUUUCCCUUGUCAGCAGAAGAACCUGAAAGCAACAGGAAACUGCAUCACCUGCUGAAUAUCGUGACAGAUGCUUUAGUGUGGGUUAUUGCCAAGAGCGGGAUCCCCUCGCAGCAGCAGACAACCCGUCUGGCCAAUUUGUUGAUGCUCCUCUCUCACGUCAGACACGCAAGUAACAAGGGGAUGGAGCACCUCCUGAGCAUGAAGUGUAAAAACGUGGUCCCGGUGUAUGACUUGCUGCUGGAGAUGCUGAACGCGCACACCCUGCGAGGCCAACGGAAGUCCCCGGUGGCACAUCCCGAAUUUGGCCCACUAGAACAAAGGGAGAGCGGAGACGCGCUGCGGCACGGGGCAUCCCAGUAAUUCAGUUGGAAUGUGAAGGUCGUUCAAAGUUACGGGAGAAAACAAAGCUACUGUGAUGGGGCUGCUGAAGUGUGGCCUGGUGUGCAAGCCCUCCUCUCUCCUGCAUUUGCACGUCAGCAUCUCGGGAAAGGCUUGUGGGAUGCACACCCUCUGUCCGUGCUCCUGACGUUGUAACCGCCGCACUUCUGUAGUGCCUUUUCUGAGACUCUUCAAAAGCACCUUAUGAAACCAAGCCUCGGAACAGUACUGGGAGAGGGGGAAUUACUGCCUCUCCUUUUUGAGGGGCAGGUGAACCGAGACAGAGAGAAAAGAGCCUAGUUUGAGAUGACAGAAGAAGUCUGUGUCAGGGUAGGAGUCAGUAUUGAGGUCCCCGUCUCUCAGACCAAGGCUUUUAAGCGCUGACUGGACAUCUCCUCUUUCGGCGGGAGAUUGUAUGAAAUGUGGAGCAGGGUGGUUUGGGACAGAUCCACUUACCCGUGUGUGCUGGUCCCUGGGGAAUACCUGCUUGGCAGCUGUUCUGAAGUGCCGAGACGUGUCCAGUGUCAAGGGGUUUAUUCUUAAAUAUGCAAUGGCUGCAAGAGCCGCUAUUUGAAGGCCAUUGGGAACAGCUUCUAGGGCUGGUUCAGAGCUUCUUCAGAAACGUUAAACCGAGCUUAAGUUUGUAUUUUGUGAGCCUGUUCUUAACACUCACGUUAUUAUCUAUAUAUAAUUCUUCAGUGCUUUAAACAAUGACCAAAAUGCCUAGAUAUUUCACUCAAUGCUGACCUUUGAAAUGUGUUUUGUCUGUGAGAUUUACAUGUUGUUUUAUAUAUUUAUUAAUGAUGUUAAAUCUAUUAUAAUAUUUAGGUACAAGAGGUGGCUCUCUGUGAAUAUUAACUGUGUGCAUUUGAAUAUGAGCUGCUAAUCAGGGCAUGUGAAAUCAGCUUAAAAACAAACCAUCUUCCCACCCCUUUUGACUCGUGUGUGGAAUUAGGUCCCCCCAAAGCCGAAACCUCUUGCGCCCGCCUUGCAGGGAACCAAAGCUGGGACCUGUUUGUGCCUGCUGCCCUCGCCUCUGCUGCUUGCCUGCUUCCAAAACGCCUGGCACCUUAUGCUGUGGUUUCCUUAUCUUGUACAGGAUCCCUCAAAGAGCAGGGGAAUGAUGGUUCUGGCACUUCCUUUGCGUUGCACAUUCCAUGACUCAUUUGAAUUUCACUGAAGAUGUGGGUUUAACCACCACCCCCCCCCGCCUUGUCGUGCUGAUUUCUGCAUGUGUUUAAGCUGCACUUAGGAAAAAAAAAAACAAAACCAAAAACCAGAGGAAAUAGCCUGAGCAAUGACCUCAGCGACAAGUGGGAUGGUGUCACUGCUGCUGGCAGCUGCCAGUGUUGCAGUUUGACAUGAGCUAGAAUCACUCUAAAUGGAUGUGGUUAAAUAUAAUACAUGUAUGUUCUGGGCAUUUCAGGUCUGGUGAAGUUUAAUUGGGAUCACACCUAAAGGCUGUCUUGAGCCAAUAUGUUUUCUGGAUUAGGGACUUUGAUUAGUAUAUCAUUUGCAUAGUUUGAAUAAUUCAUCAAACCUUUUCAUCUUGGUGUUUUUUCAAAGCCAAGGACAAUGUUUUUUACAGGAGGAGCAUUAAGAGUUUUCAGUGAGUUACACAAAUCUAUUGUCUUGUUUUGAUCCGGUGUUAUACCGGAUGCUGCUGCUGGUCUAAAUUUUUACUAGCUACAUUUUUAUUGUUUUUAAAAACUUGUAAUAUGGCAGUGCCCUUUAAAUAAGCGUAAUAUUCACUAUAAAAAAGGGAAAAAAUGUGAGUAGAGUCUGGAAUUCUUUGGUACUUUAAUUCUGGGGGGAAGUUUUGCUGUAAAACAGAUAUGUUUCAGUGUUUGUUGGGCUUGAUCACCUUCUGGCCUCAAUGCCUGUUGUAUUGUUUUCUAAUUUUCCUUAUCAUGUGUAAUCUUUCUGUUUAAUACAGUUUUUCAAAGAAAUGUUUGGGUUGUUUUUUUUUUGGUUGGUUUGUUUUAGAAGUGCUGAAUUUAUGUGUAAUCCUGAAAACAAGCCUCUUAAAAACCAAAAGGGAAAGAGUGGGUAUAAAUUGUAAAAUUAAUUUCUGAAUGGAUUGACUUUGUGAAAGGAUGAUACUUGUGCCACGUGUGUGAUUCAUAUUUGCUGUU